AUGGACGCCGGCGUUCCCGACCCGGGGCACGAAGCCCUCUCUGAGGCGGUCGAAGACGUGAUAUACGUCAAGACCAACAACGAACCUCCACGAGAACCGGCCGUGGAGGCCGACUCGAGUAAUGAUCUCGGGGGUGACUCCCCAACUCACCCGGUGCGGCCACACUCGGAUAAUGGGAACGGGCGCGAACCCGAGAUAAAGACCAAGCGGGUGUACAACCGCAAGGACUACGGCCAACAACAGGGCAAACCGAGACGAUCACCUCGCUUCGCCCAACACUUCGCAUUCCUACAAACGGAACGUAAUUGGGAAACUUUCUUCCAUACCUAUAUGCCUGAUCAGCAGAAGGCUGUGGAGGAAGCGAACCAAGCCCACUAUACGCUCCAUUGCUUCGUCUUCGCGUCAAUACACCAAGCGAAGCACUCCAGAGCGGUCACUCCACAGCGAGUGAAAAUACACACAGAUGAGCUUAUAAAGCCCCCACGAACGUGGAAAAGUGUUGAAAAAAUGCCGACCCACCUCCGAAACCUGUUUUACGAAGCGGCCCAAGCCGAGAUAAGUAAAUUAGAGGAGAUGGACGCUUGGAAAAUCAUUGACGAACACGAAGCGUCUACGAAACCUAUUCCUCUAAAGUGGGUGUUCACUUACAAGCUUGAUCAAGACGGCUACCUCGACCGCUGCAAGGCACGAAUUUGCGUCCGCGGCGACCUCCAGGCGAAGCAUCCUCUCGAACAGACCUACGCAGCGACCCUCGCAGCAAGGACGUUUAGAGUAGCGAUGGCGCUCGCGGCGGAAUUCGACCUUGAAGUAGACCAAUUCGACGUAGUCAAUGCGUUUCUAAACGCAACAAGAGGACCGAACGACCCGCCUGUCGUCUGCUACCUACCAGACGGCUUCAAACAGAACGGGAAGUACGUCGAGCUCCGCCGUGCCUUAUACGGGCUACGAGACGCUCCCCUCCUUUGGUAUAAGGAGUUCUCAUCAACGCUGCGGCGCCUGGGACUCAAGCCUGCAAGCGAAGACCCCUGUCUCUUCACUUCAAACGACAAGAAAGUGAUGGUACUCUUCUACGUAGACGAUAUCCUCGUCUUAUACCAUAGGGACCACCGCGAAGCUGCUCAAAACGUUAUAAACGGGGUGAAAGCCGAGUAUGAACUCAAGGACCAAGGCCCUGUCGAGUGGUAUCUAGGCAUUCGCGUGAUACGUGACCGUGAGAAGCGAACAAUUAACCUCGCACACGACCAAUAUAUCGAACGCGUAGCGAAGAAAUUCAACCUUAUCGACUCGAUCGUGCCGCAUACACCAUUGCCAUUCGUCCCGCUCCAGAAGAACACCGCUGAAGCGACCCCUGACCAGGUAAAGCAAUACCAAGAGAAGGUCGGCUCAAUUCUGUACACUGCGAUCAUGAUUCGCCCCGACGUCGCCUUCGCUUGCGCUACACUCUCGAGGUUCCUAACGAACCCGUCUCUCGAACAUCAGAAGGCCGCGAACCAAGUCAUUAGAUAUCUUUAUCACACUCGCUACCUUUCGCUCUGCUUCGGUAGCUCGGGGGGUGCAGGUGCCCAAGUUCUCCUAAUUGCGGGCGACGCCUCGUUCGCAGACGACGAAGAGACGCGGCGUUCAUCUCAAGGGUACAUCAUCUCACUGUUCGGCGGUCCCAUUCAGUGGAAAGCCGCGAGACAGAAUACCGUUACCACUUCUACUACAGAAGCGGAACUCCUUAGCCUCGAAAACACUGCUAAGGAGACCAUCGCUCUCAAACGCUUAUUUCGGGAUAUUGAACUAGACCUCGGAGACGUAUGGAAGAUCCAUUGUGACAAUCGCCAAACGAUUCGCCUGGUAGUAGGCGACAAGGAACGCAUCUCAACGCGCCUUCGCCACGUUGAUAUACAGAACAUGUGGCUACGCCAAGAGUAUGCCAAGAAGACGUUCGACGUGGUAUAUAUGCCUACCGACGAGAUGCCAGCAGACGGUCUCACAAAAGCACUCUCCCGAGCGAAGUUCGAACACUUCAGGGCACUUCUAAACCUACAAGACAUUCGGGCACAAGUCACAAGAAGCGAAGAGAAACAGGUGCGCGCGAGCAAUGCUGGCCCGGAGGCCGAAAGUUAA